AUGGGGCCCCCGGGCAAUAGGGGAUCAUGGGGCCCCUGUGUCCUUGCCGAAACUCAAAAAAGCCUAUGUAAGCAUGAGGAUUUCACAUGGAAGGUGUACCUGUCACCUGGUGCUGCCUAUUUCAAGAACUGCAGCCUUGUACAGCUGGAAUGGUGAUAACAGUCAGGCCCAGGGGCAGACUGACAACUCAUGGGGCCCCUGGGCAAUAGGGGAUCAUGGGGCCCCUGUGUGCUUGCCCACACUCAAAGCACACUCAAAAAAGCCUAUAAAAGGUACCAGUGGCAUUUCAUGGGGCCCCCUACUGACCCCGGGCCCUCAGGCAGUGCCCUAGAGCUCAAAUGGUCAGUCUGCCCCUG